CAACAAGAAACGACGAGCUCUCUGUUAUUAACAAAUCUCUAUUUUAUACUUCACGAAAAGGCGAACUAUAAGGUGCCGCUGAGUGGAUGUUGACUACACCUUUUGAAUGUUUCUUUUAUACUUCUGUCUUUUGGUGAGACAUUGACUAGGAUUGAUAUCACAAAGUUACAGACGUGCUGGCAGGUGACAACACUGUGAGACAGGAUGACAUGUUGUAAAAAGCUGACAACAAUGGUACCUCGUAGAUAUGUUGUGCCACUCCUUGCUUUAGUGACAUGGAUCUAUGUGAUUUUCUUCUAUAACCACGGGGACAUGUCAACAGGGAGCAUGGUCCAGGAGCAGGAGCUGAGGAAGAGGAUACUGAGAGACGCGUGCAGAGAAGACAUAGAGGAAUUUCCAAAAGAUAAGCAAAGCUCGGACGAACGUAUCAAGGAAGUGCUACGACAACUCCUUGUGGAUGAUGAACAUGGCGUCAUUUACUGCUUCAUACCAAAGGUGGCAUGCACUAAUUUGAAGAGGUUGUUCCUUGCACUAAAUCAUGGCAAGCCAUAUCCUGAUCUCAUGAGCAUAUCUUCCGAAGCGGCCCACAACCCAGAGGGUCUGCCUCAUCUUGCUACCUACUCGAAAGACGAAAGGGAGGCCAAGUUGAAGCACUACACCAAGUUCGUGUUUGUCCGUGAACCCUUUGUGCGCCUUGUGUCAGCCUUUCGGGACAAGUUCCUGACCCCCAAUCAGGUCUUCUACGAAGAAUUUGGCCGACUCUUUCUGCGUCGCUACGGCAACCAGUCUGACCCCCCGUUGAACGUGGAAGAAACAUAUGUGUCUGGCAUUCAGCCCACUUUCUAUAACUUUGUCCAGUACCUGCUAGACCCAAGGACAACAGAAACAAAUCCAUUUGAGCCUCACUGGAGGCAGAUGCACCGCCUGUGUCAGCCCUGCUUCAUUGAGUACGACUUUAUUGGGCAUCAGGAAACGCUUCAGGAAGAUGUCCUGCAACUGAUAACGUCCUUGAACCUACAGGAGCUCCUCAAGUUUCCAUCAGCCUACCAAAAUGUGACGUACCUUGCGUCAUUGUCAGAGUGGUUUAAAGCAGUGCCCCUGGAGGACAGGAGGAGACUUUACAAGCUUUACGAGAAGGACUAUAAGCUGUUUGGCUACAAAAUUCCUUACUUUUUACUCAACGACAUACAAUAGAGGCGGAGCCCUCUUUGGGCUAUUUGCUAAACCGUAGUGGGCGUUCACCAAAGAGCACAGUCCUCCUGUAGAAGCCAAACAUUGAUUUUGACUUGGACAGUAUUCUCCUCUUUGAUACAGUUGUGCAUUUGGACGCACAUACCAUACCAACUUUAUUUAUAAAACAUAGUGACGUCAGUGGAUGUCACUGACAGGGCCGACUUAACCUAAGAGGAGUGGGGCUUUGUCUUUGUGCGAUAUAGAAAAUGACUAUAUCGUGAUAUUCAAGUGUACGUUCUCAGGCAGUUGCUUUUAGCUGCGGGCAUUACAUUACAGGCUCUUCUCACUCUUUCUUGUCUCUCCUUCUCACUGAGACGAUACCCCAUACUCUCUGAGCACUCUCCACAGGAGUUCCCGAGGGACACGAUCGAAUGCCUUCUCCAAAUCCACAAAGCACAUGUAGACUGGUUGGGCAAACUCCCAUGCACCCUCAAGGACCCUGCCGAGAGUAUAGAGGUGGUCCACAGUUCCACUACCAGGAUGAAAACCACACUGUUCCUCCUGAAUCCGAGGUUCGACUAUCCGGCGCAGCCUCCUCUCCAGUACACCUGAAUAAACCUUACCGGCAAGGCUGAGGAGUGUGAUCCCACGAUAGUUGGAACACACCCUCUGGUCCCCCUUCUUAAAGAGAGGAACCACCACCCCGGUCUGCCAAUCCAGAGGUACUGCCCCCGAUGUCCACGCGAUGCUGCAGAGUAUUGUCAACCAAGACAGCCCCACAGCAUCCAGAGCCUUAAGGAACUCCAGGCAGAACUCCAGCUUUUUAACUACCUCAGCAACCUCAACCCCAGAAAUAGGAGAGCCCACCACAGAUUCCCCAGGCACUGCUUCCUCAUAGGAAGACGUGUUGGUGGGAUUGAAGAGGUCUUCGAAGUAUUCCCUCCACCGAUCCACAACAUCCGCAGUCGAGGUCAGCAGAACACCAUCUGCACCAUACACGGUGUUGACAGUGCACUGCUUCCGCUUCCUGAGGCGGCGGAUGAUGGUCCAGAAUCGCUUCGAAGCCGUCCGGAAGUCGUUUUCCAUGGCUUCCCCGAACUCCUCUCAUGUCCGAGUUUUUGCCUCUACGACCGCUGAAGCUGCACACCGCUUGGCUUGUCGGUACCUGUCCGCUGCCUCCGGAGUCCUAUGAGCCAAAAGAACCCAAUAGGACUCCUUCUUCAGCUUGACGGCAUCCCUCACCGCCGGUGUCCACCAACGGGUUCUAGGAUUACGCCACGACAGGCACCAACUACCUUGCGGCCACAGCUCCAAUCAGCCGCCUCGACAAUAGAGGAACAUGCGGAACAUGUUCCACUCGGACUAAAUGUCCAGCACCUCCUUCGUGACAUGUUCAAAGUGCUUCCGGAGGUGGGAAUUGAAACUGUCUCUGACAGGAGACUCUGCCAGACGUUCCCAGCAGACCCUCACAAUGCGUUUGGGCCUGCCAGGUCUGUCCGGCAUCCUCCCCCACCAUCUCAGCCAACUCACCACCAGGUGGUGAUCGGUAGAAAGCUCCGCCGCUCUCUUCACCCGAGUGUCCAAAACAUGAGGCUGCAAAUCCGAUGACACAACUACAAAGUCGAUCAUGGAACUGCGGCUUAGGGUGUCCUGGUGCCAAGUGCACAUAUGGACACCCUUAUGUUUGAACAUGGUGUUUGUUAUGGACAAUCUGUGACAAGCACAAAAGUCCAUAACAAAACACCACUAGGGUUCAGAUCCGGGCGACCAUUCUUACCAAUCACGCCUCUCUAGGUUUCACUGUCGUUGCCAACAUGAGCGUUGAAGUCCCCCAGUAGGACAAGGGAAUCACCCGGGGGAGCACUUUCCAGUACUCCCUCGAGUGUAUCCAAAAAGGGUGGGUACUCUGAACUGCUGUUUGGUGCGUAACCACAAACAACAGUCAGGACCCGUCCCCCCACCCGAAGGCGGAGGGAGGCUACCCUCUCGUCCACCGGGUUGAACUCAAACGUGCAGGCUCUGAGCCGGGGGGCAACAAGAAUUGCUACCCCAGCUCGUCGCCUCUCACUGCGUGCAACGCCAGUGUGGAAGAGAGUCCAGCUCCUCUCGAGAGAACUGGUUUCAGAGCCCUUGCUGUGCGUCGAGGUGAGUCCAACUAUAUCCAGCCGGAACUUCUCUACCUCGCGCACUAGCUCAGGCUCCUUCCCCCUCAGCGAGGUGACGUUCCACGUCCCAAGAGCUAGCUUAUGUAGCCGAGGAUCAGAUCGCCAAGUGCCCUGCCUUCGGCUUCCGCCCAGCUCACAAUGCACCCGACCUCUCUGGUCCCUCCCAUGAGUGGUGAGCCCAUUGGAGGGGGGGAACCACAUUGCCUCUUCGAGCUGUGCCCGGCCGGGCCCCCUGGGGACAGGCCCGGCCACCAGGCGCUCGCCAUCGUGCCCCAACUCCGGAACUGGCUCCAGAGGGGGGCCCCGGUGACCCGUGUCCGGGCGAAGGAAAUCUGAGUCCUUGUUGAUGCAUUCCCAUAGAAGUCUUCGAGCUGCUGUUUGUCUGAUCCCUCACCUAUGACCUGUUUGUCUUGGGAGACCCUACCAGGGGGAAAGAAAGCCCCCGGACAACAUAGCUCCUAGGAUGAUUGGGACACGUAAACUCCUCUACCACGGUAAGGUGGCAGCUCAGAGAGGACUUGUUUGUCAUGUUUCCUUAUUUGCUUGUUUAUUUCCUGGUCAGCGCUCUUCUUUUACUUCCACUUCCUGCAUGUCUCCCUGAGCGCUCUUUCCCUCACCUGUCCUUGAUUGGCACCCUGGCAUACCUGGUUGCAGUUGCCAAUCAGGCUGCUAUUUAUGCCUGCCUCGACCUUCAGUCAGGGUUCAAGGAUUGUUUUGUGUUUAUUGUCACGCAUGAACUGUGUUGCUUGUAGACUGCUCAUGCUUUUGUGCCCUUCCCUGCUGCACCUCAUUGUGGUAUAUAUUACAGUAAUUAAA